AUGUCAUUAACAACAACUGAUUUACAAAAUGUAUUUCCUUUAUUAAGUAGAGGUAAAGUUAGAGAUAUAUAUGAAAUAGAUCCCCAAACUUUAUUAUUUGUUGCAACUGAUCGUAUAUCAGCAUAUGAUGUAAUAAUGCAAAAUGGAAUAAAUGACAAGGGUAAAAUACUAACUAAAUUAUCUGAAUUUUGGUUUAAUUUUUUACCAAUUGAAAAUCAUUUAAUCAAAAAAGAUAUUUUUAAAAAAUUUCCUCAAUUGGAACAAUUUAGAGAUCAAUUACAAGAUAGAGCUUUAUUAGUUCGUAAAUUAAAAUUAAUACCAUUAGAAGUUAUAGUUAGAGGUUAUAUUACUGGAUCAGCAUGGAAAGAAUAUAAGAAAUCCAAAACUGUACAUACUAUACCAAUUGAGGAAGAUCUUGUGGAAUCUCAAGAAUUUCCUCAUGCCAUUUUCACACCAUCUACAAAAGCAGAACAAGGAGAACAUGAUGAAAAUAUAUCUCCAAAACAAGCAGAAGAAAUAGUUGGGAAAGAAUUAUGUGAUAAAUUAUCUAAAACAGCAAUUGAAUUAUAUGAAAAAGCUAAAAAUUAUGCUAAAACAAAGGGGAUAAUAAUAGCAGAUACAAAAUUUGAAUUUGGAUUAGAUGAUCAAAAUAAUUUAAUAUUAGUUGAUGAAGUAUUAACACCAGAUUCUUCAAGAUUUUGGAAUGCUAAAAAUUAUGAAUUGGGAAAAUCUCAAGAUUCUUAUGAUAAACAAUUUUUAAGAGAUUGGUUAACUAAUAAUGAUUUAGCUGGUAAAGAAAAUGUUAGUAUGACUGAAGAAAUUGUUAAUAAAAGUAGAGAGAAAUAUAUUGAAGCUUAUGAACAAUUAACAGGUAAAAAAUGGGAAUAA